AUGGCGCAGCUGGCGCAGCUGGGGCGCACGCUGCUGGCGCCCUUUGCCAGCGUGGCCGGCUGGUACAACCGCACAGCCCAGCUGCACCCGCUGAGCACCGGCGUCGUCACCACCGGCCUGAAGACUAGCGCCGCCGACAUCUUCGCCCAAAAGGUGGUGGAGGGGCGCGAGGACUUUGACUACACCCGCCACGCCGCCUUCUGCGCCUUUGGCUUCGCCUACCUGGGCGGCUUCCAGUACUGGCUGUACAACGUCAAGUUUGCGCAGUGGUGCGGCCCGCUGACGCGCGCCUUUGGCCACCGCGCCACCGCCCCCAUCAAGACCUUCAUCGACCAGGGCAUCCACCACCCGCUCAUUUACUUCCCUUCUUUCUUCACCAUCAAGGCCGCC